ACAACUCCACCGCUCUGCAUCUCCUUCUCUUUGUUUUUCUAUUGUGCACUUUCAUAAAUAAAUAAAAAAACAAGGCAAAACCCAUAUUGAAAAAAAUAGUUUAAAAACCCUAUUCAAUCACUGGGUUUCUCUAGAAAUUUGUUUCUCAUAAUAAUAAUAAUUCAAUGGAUUUUCAAGUAGUAGUUUUAGCCGGUGGCACUUCAAAAAAACUGGCUCCUUUAGUCUCCAAGGAAGCCCCGAAAGCCCUGCUUCCAGUGGCUAAUAAACCUGUUCUCUCUUAUGUUUUGGAGCAAUUGGAACUUAGUAAUCUCAAGGACCUUAUUGUGGUGGUUGAAGGGCAGGACGCAGCUCUUCGUGUCGGCGGUUGGAUAUCAGGUGCUUAUGCCGAUCGUUUACAUGUUGAGGUUGCUGCUGUUCCUGAAGAUGUUGGAACAGCUGGUGCACUUCGAGCCAUUGCACACCACUUGAUCGCUAAAGAUAUUUUGGUUGUGAGUGGUGAUCUUGUUUCUGAUAUUCCUCCUGGUGCGGUUGCAGCUGCUCAUAGACGGCAUGAUGCAGUAGUAACUGUAACGCUUUGUUCUGCUCCUGCUGGUGGACCUGCUGAGUCGGGAUCCUCUGCUGUAAAAGACAAAAUAAAGAAACCAAGACGAUACAACAUCAUUGGGCUCGACCAGACUAAGCAGUUUCUGUUACAUAUUGCAACUGGAGCAGAAGUUGAUAAAGACAUUCGAAUUCAAAAGAGUAUUCUUCGUGCAGUUGGACAGAUGGAGAUACGGUCUGAUCUUGUGGAUACUCAUAUGUAUGCAUUCAAGAGGUCCGUUCUGCAAGAAGUUUUAAAUGAAAAAGACAAAUUUCAAUGCUUAAAACAGGAUGUGCUGCCUUAUCUUGUUAGAAGCCAGCUGAGAUCGGAAGUCUUAUUAAAUGGCACACCACAAGCAGAAGAAAAUGGAGACAGUAAGACUAGUAUACAGAACCGAGCGGCAGUAUCUCAAAUGCUGACCAAUGCAUCUACGCCAAGCUUUCAUGAAUUUUAUGCAUCGGGUUAUGAUGGUUCCGGUCCUCGUCGAAGAACUCAUAAAUGCUGUGCUUACAUUGCUAGCAAUAGCAAAUACUGUGCACGCUUGGAUUCUAUUCAAGCAUUUAGUGAUAUUAACAGAGAUGUCAUAGGUGAGGCAAAUCAUCUGUCAGGAUAUUCAUUUUCUGCUCAUAACAACAUCAUCCAUCCCUCAGCACAGCUUGGUUCAAAAACUACUGUGGGGCCGCAUUGUAUGCUAGGGGAAGGUUCACAGAUGGGUGACAAGUGUAGUGUGAAGCGAUCGGUUAUUGGUCCUCAUUGCCGAAUAGGUUCCAAUGUGAAGGUAGUUAAUUCAGUCAUCAUGAACCACGUUACGGUUGGAGAUGGCUGCUCGAUUCAAGGUUCCGUAAUUUGCAGUAAUGUACAGCUACUAGAGCGAGCUGUACUGAAAGACUGUCAGGUUGGAGCGGGUUUUGUAGUUACCGCAGGUAGUGAGUACAAAGGAGAGUCCUUGGCUAAAAAAGAGAAAUGAGUCGAUAGAGAGUGUUCAUUGCUGGGAAGAGACAUUUCAUCUCGUUUUUGUGCUACACUGCAUCACAAAUCGAGAUAAUUUUUGUUUGUGCCGCUGUUGUUGAAUGUCGGAUCAAAAGCAGACGAGUGUAUUAUUCAGCUCUAUCAUUUAUUUGAUUGUUUUUUUCUUCUUUUAAUUGGGAUAGGGGGGUUAAUAUCAUUUAUUUGUGUUCCUGUGUGUAUUUUUGUCACAGUAGGUUAGGCUGAGUUAUAUAUCUUAUAAUGAUAAUGAUUGUAUAAGAUGGAAUUUAAAUUAUACUCUUGAAUAGAAAGUUGUUCUUAUUCUUCAGAA